GGAAUGACGUCGUGCACACGCUGGGUCAGGCAAGCAAGUUACAUGUUGUGAUGCUACAGAACGGGACGAGCAUACAUCUGCUGCUUAUGGUGCGAAAAUUCAAACUUAUUGCUGAUAAACUGUAAAGUAACGACUAAAGUGCUUAACCUUUGCUUUUAUUGGAUGUGAUCGUCUUUAGAAAUCUCGAGAUCAUACGACGGUGGAGCCACAAGGAACGUCUAAUCGAAAACACAGCGACUCAAGUGAACGUACGAUGGUGACCUGCAAAGCCCUGCUGGUGGUGUGUUGUGCUGUCUUCCUGGCUGCACCAGGGGAAGGAUUUCCUGGACAUAAUUCUCCUCCAGUUUUCGACCUGACGAGAGAAUGGCUAAUUCCUGAAAAUGAACCAGUCGGGAGUCGAAUUACUACGGUCAGAGUACGUGACGAUGAAAAAGACGACAUCGAGUAUGGUAUUAAGCCCGCUGUGUACCUCGACGGUUCCAGUUUCUUCCGAAUAAAUAAGCGAACAGGGGAUGUCUUUCUGGCCAAUCCUGUCACAGGAGAGGCUGGAAACGAUUACUACUUGUUCAUCACAGCUAACGAUGGUCAUCAAACGUCCAAGAUUGAAGUUUAUGUACGAAUACUGAAGCCUAAUGAUAGUCCUGAAGAAGGUUAUCCUAUCGAUGAUUUCUCCAUUCAUGGGAAGCCAGAUAAAGGAACGGGGCGUCGGCCCUUUCCGCCUUAUCAGCCGAAUCCUGCCUCCUAUCCCUUCUUACCUAACCCCCCCACCGUUGUCCCUUCCCCAAUCAAACCGCCCCAGACGAUAUCCCCCAUCACUUCGCAGCCCCCCAAAAUCACUGCCUCCACCCCCUCAAUUACCUCCACCUCCAUCUCUUCCUCUACCGAAGGAAGCGGAACAACAAUACACCCUGGCGGUUCGAAAGAGGGCACUGCUGGAGACGGCAAGAAUGAGGGAACGCAAGGAAUCAAUAUAACAGCAACUGUGUUGCCAAUUGUAGCCAUACUAGGAUUUGCUCCACUUGUAGCUUUCUUAUUUUGGAUGUUUUAUCGAAAAUGUCUAAACAGAGAAAAAAUCAAACAGCAUAAAAAAGUUCAGGACCAAACCCAAAGUGAAGUGACGGAUGACCUUAACCUUAAUCUGCACCCAAAUACCCUCUAUCAUCAGCGGUCAAGAAGAGCUUCGUCUAAUCGUUAUGAAUCUGGGGAGCUUACAGGAGUAAGUUCGAUCAUUCCUGAAGACCGGAAAUGGGAAUUUCCGCGACAUCAUUUACGGUUCCUCGGGAUUCUGGGAGAAGGCUGUUUUGGUCAGGUGUGGAAAUGCGAAGCACUUAAUAUUGACAACAAAGACGGAGCGUGUAUUGUUGCAGUUAAAACAUUAAAAGAACACGCCUCCGAGAAGGAAAAGAAGGAUCUAUUGAGUGAAUUAGAAGUAAUGAAACUGUUGGACCCACACCCCAAUGUCGUAACUCUGUGGGGAUGUUGCACUGAGAGGGAUCCUCUGUUCGUCAUAAUGGAGUAUGUGAUGGGCGGAAAGCUGCAGUCCUACCUUCGAGAAAGUAGAGCAGAACGUUUCUAUGGGAACCUGCAUGGCACUUCCAGACAUCUGACAUCACGAGAUCUGACGUCAUUUGCUUACCAAGUGUCGAAAGGAAUGGAAUAUUUGUCUACUAAACGGAUAAUACACAGGGAUCUAGCAGCUAGGAACAUCUUAGUUGAUGAAAACAAGACUUGUAAGGUAGCAGACUUUGGUUUUGCAAGGGAUGUAAUAGUCAAUCACGUGUACGAACGAAAAUCUGAGGGUCGGCUUCCAAUACGAUGGAUGGCUCCUGAAUCUUUAUUUGACAAUAUCUUUACCACAAAAACCGAUGUCUGGUCUUUUGGGAUUCUCAUGUGGGAGAUCGUCACUUUAGGUUCUACUCCAUAUCCAGGGCUGGCAGCAGCUGAAGUGAUGAGACGGGUCAGAGAUGGUUACCGGCUGGAGAAACCGGAUCACUGUAAAAGGGAGAUGUACAAUAUCAUGCAUUAUUGUUGGGAUAAUGAUCCCAAAGAACGCCCCUCGUUUUCAGAACUGGUCUGUCUUCUAGACAAGCUUCUUAUCAGUGAGCACGAUUACAUAGAGCUAGACCGAUUUCCAGACCAUUCUUAUUAUAACAUUACCAAUCUCUCAGGAGAAAAACUGUAGAUGCAACUGAGAUCUUGGACUUAUUUGCAUAUGAUCGUAUUUUUCAAGUUUCUGAAAGCUUGACCAAUGUUUAAGAAAGGAUACCGGGUUCUGUUAGAGCAGCGAGGGAGAAUCAUCACAUAAGAUACGUUACCUUAUUACGUGUCAACACAAUUUAAAAAUGCUCACUGGUGUUCGGUGUCUUGAUGGAUAAUUUUUACUGUACAAAAUUCGUGAAUUAAUGCGUUUUAUUGAGACUAGCUCAUUGAAAGAUUAACGUUUGCCAGUAUGCAAUGCCAGUGUAUCAAUCAACAUUAUAAAUACUGACAGUGCCUUAUUACCGUUAGAUGGCACUAAGUGUUAGUGUCACGAUUUAAAAAAAGAUAAAAAUUAUCCAUACAAUGGGGGGGGGGGGAGAUUCGUGAAAUAGUUAUGAGAUGGGAAGCAAAAUUUGAUGUUUGCUCAAAACUUAUGUUUGCACAGAGCUUGUAUGUUGUCUAGAAUAUUAUAAUGAAAAGUAAGAACUAUUAAAGAUAUUCAGAUUGUUAUGCAGGUAUUUGUAUAUGUAAAUACACAAAUUACGCAUCAGACAUGUGUACGCAGUUACGUUGAGAAUGAGUGUAUGUUAGCGUAUUAUAUUUUUAAUAAUAAUUUAUCUUUACCUGAAAUAUCAGCGAAUGCAAAUUAUGUAUUUAUUGAAAACGAUUAUUGUGGUAGAUAAUAUGCUAACGUAGGAGAAUCACUGGAAUUAGCACGAAAAAAUUGUGUUAAGUUGGUGUUACUUCCGUUAUCAGAAAUUGUUGAGAUUGUCUUCCGACUUUAGAGCUUUUCAUUGGUCACAUCAUGCAGCUCUUGGCAACAAGUGAUGUAUAUAGCAUGUGAAAACCCACAGAUCCUAAUAAACCUCUUUACCAUUACAUCUUCUGAAGAAAAGUCAGGUGUCGGCUUAGAGUUAAUAUUACAUCUAAUUAACGGACAUCAUAACUGGUUAAAUGUUUACAUUUAUCCUUAGAUCUGGUUUCAAGAAUUAAAUGUAUAGAUUUUUGUCUGGUUAAGUAUCAAACGAAGGAUGGAGAGAACCAAAUGAAAUACGUCUAAAAUGAACUGUCUUCACGCGCAGUUCAGACUAUAUAGCACGUGCGUUGAAUGGAAUUAUAAUGGAAUAACCAAUUACAAAAAAGUAGAAUUAAAAGAUAGCAAGCUGGCUUUCAUCCAUACAUUAACAAAAUUAGGACAGGUAAACAGUCAAAUCUAGUUUCAAACAUUAUAUUAAUAACUGAAAUAAGAAACAAUGAAAUCAAUAAUCUACAUGAAUAUGCAAAUACUUUAAAGAUAGUGAAUUGCGCAAAUAAUCAAGACUUGUAUCAUUGUAUCAUAUGAGCUUUAAAGUAAUAAAAAUUCAGACCAGUUUUCAUUCCUUUAUUUAAUAUUCUACCUUUCUAUACCUAUCUAAGCUACCCUUUUAUGAAACUAUAGAAUGUUUAAUGAAAAGGCUAAUUAUGCUAUUGAAUACCGAAAAUAUUGUCAAUACACCUUAUGUCUGACUGAACUAGCUAAAGAUUUAUAAACGGGUAAGACAGGUAUGCCAGCUCGCGAAAUUCUAAAAUUUCGAAAGUAUUUGGAAUAAAAACAAUGUCUUGAUUUCUGUCUCCAGAUGAAGCCUGGUAUAAAUUACAUCCAGAGGAUAAGGCUUUUUCGUAUUCUCGGCUUGUAAUUCGUAGAGAUAAGUGGUUUUAAUGUAUUUGUUUUUUACGUCACUCGAACGGGCAGCAGUGUUGAUAAACAAAACUAUCUGUCGUAGUCAUUACGUUUUGAUUAUGGUGAGCAUAUUUGUGUUCAAAAUUGGAUGAACCCUAAGACUUACGACGAAACUCGGGUUCUAAUUUUACUGCUAUGAUAGCGACUAAAGAAAAGUGUCCAGCUAACCCUUGUAUUAGGGUUAUAAUAUGAAUAUUCCGGUCUGCGGAACAAAUGAUUACUUUCUUUCCGUAUUGAGUUGUAUGUAAAUCGACAUCAUAAAAUUUCAAGUAUGAGUCUUAGGUAUUUGGGCAAGUUAGUCCUAUAAACUUGUGUCCACUCUUCUUAUUUACAGAUACAAUUACACGUUUAUAUUAGUAUUUUCUCCGAAAUAAAACUAUUUCAUUAUGCUUAUAAAUCGAUCUUUGUCGGUUUAGUAUUAUUUAUAUUAGCAAAAUGUGCUUCUAUACGUAAAUACAGCUAUAUGUUAAUAUACAUAACUACUCUUGCCCCCCAGUGGCACAGCGGUAUGUCUGCUGACUUCCAACGCUAGAAUCCGGGUUUCGAUACCCGUGAUGGGCAGAGCACAGAUAGCCCAUCGUGUAGCUUUAUGCUUAAUUAUAAACAACCGAAAGACUUUUCAAAUAACGUUAAGAAAAACCUUUUUAGGUGGCGUAUCUUGUUUAGUCUUCGACUACUGUCAAGUCCAUAAAAAAGUAUAUUUUUUAAAAUAACCUGAGUAUCCUAGUUUACGACAAACGUACUAUGUACACGUACAAUUAUGUAAAAAGUUACCAAAUGUUGUAAAUUAUUGGACUAGUUAUAAGAAAGGACUAUUUUUUUCUAUAUAUAUAUACACAAGAAAUGUGUUGAAAUCCAUUGUAAAUAAAUUUAGGUUCCUGUA